AGGGGGGGGGGGGAAAUGCGAGCUGCGUGUGUUUGGCCAUUUGUUGUCUGGAUGUUCGGCUCUCACCGGGCAGCUGCGGAACAAACGCUCAACGACUCCUCACUUCUCGGAGAGGAGAUGUUCUCACACACGGAGAGUUUACUGAAUGUUUCGGCCAAGUCGGGGAACCGGACUUCGGGUGUUUUCCUGCUGGACUUUGACGACGGGAUGCUGGAGGACUGGCGCGCCCUGGCCAACAGGAGGAGCAGGGGGAACGAGUCGCAGGAGUGCUGGGUCAAGGUGCUGCUGGUGGCCGCCUACUCGCUCAUCAUCGUGGUGUCUCUGUUCGGAAACACGCUGGUGUGCCAUGUGGUGGCCAAAAACAAGCGCACUCAGUCCUCCACCAGCUUAUUCAUCCUGAACCUGGCCGUGGCCGAUAUCUUCAUCACAGUGCUCAACACACCGUUCACUCUGGUCCGCUUUGUGCACAGGACCUGGGUGUUUGGGAGGACAAUGUGUCACAUCAGUCGCUUUGUACAGUAUUGCUCUCUGCACGUGUCCACUCUGACCCUCACCGCCAUCGCUCUGGACCGAAGACAGGUGAUACUGCAUCCACUCAGACCGCGGAUGACCCCAGCACAGGGCGGUGUUUGGGUGGCUGUUAUCUGGAUAAUGGCCAGCUGCUUUUCCCUACCACAUGCAAUCUACCAAAAACUCCUGACUUUCACCUACAGCCCAGAAAUGGAGCGUAGCCUUUGUGUCCCAGAUUUCCCUGAGCCAUCAGAUGUCUACUGGCAGUACAUUGAUCUCCUGACCUUCAUUCUGCUGUACAUGCUGCCGCUCCUCAUCAUCACUGCGUCCUACACCACGGUGGCUCGCAGGCUGUGGCGCCACAAUGCCAUUGGCGACACGACGACAGCUCAGCACGCCACGCAGAGGAGGAAGCGGCGGCGGACCUUGGCCAUGCUGCUCCUGGUGGUCGGGGUGUUUGCCGUCUGCUGGUUUCCACUCAACUGCUACGUGGUGCUGCUGUCCAGCCAGGCCAUCCACUCCUCUAACGCCCUCUUCUUCUGCUUUCAUUGGCUUGCAAUGAGCUCCACCUGCUACAACCCUUUCAUUUACUGCUGCCUGAAUCCCACCUUCCGCCAGGAGCUGCGGCUGCUCCUCGACAGGUGCUGCCUGAGGCAGAGAGCGGCGGUCGGGUUGGAGCCCCAGCGAGGCCCCCCAGUUGCCUGUGCUCCAUGUCACCGAGCCGCCUGGCCUGACAACCACGAGUCCUCCAGGCCGAGUCAGGCUUUGUCACGCCCAGGCCAGGACUCCUUGCAGCAGAGUCAGGCCUCCUCCAGUCAGAGCCACAACCUCAAAGAUGCACACGUGCUCUUCACGGCCAGGCAUCCCCUCAUUGGGAAAACAGAUAUCUUCUCUGUGGAGCCCAUAGUGGCUGUGCGAUAACUAGAGACAGCUGCAAUCUAGCUAUGCUUUAAAGUCCUACAAAGGUUUCUUCUUAACAUGUCUAUUGUGUUCAUUGGUCUUUAUUAGGUUGUUUGUUUAGUAAUGUUCUCUAAAAACCCUCUGAGGCCUUCGAAGAACAUCUGGAUUUCUACCGAGUUGAAAUUACACACAGAUGGACUCCAAUUUACAAAUGAAGGGGCUUCAGAAGGCAGACGGCUACACUGAAUUUCAUCUCGGAAUAUCUGAAGUAAAAGGGAUUGAAUGAAACUGCAAAUGGCACUUUCCCGAUAUUUAUCGUUAAAAAUGUGGAAUUGUCCUUUUUCUUCUACUUCACAUUCAUGCACUGAACUCAAGAGUGUAAAUAAGGAGUGUUGAACAAAAAUACAAUGCACACUUGUUUAUAUUUACUAAAAAGUUGAAAACCAUUCUCCUUUUUCCUUCUGUUUUACAAUUAUGCACCACUUUGAUGUUUUGUACAUUUAUUCCACAAUGUUGCCACUUUGUUUAUAUAACACUCACACAGUCUUAGCGUUCAGGUGGAACGUGGCAAAUGUCACAACCAGACAGGGGUCGUCUUGUCAGAUCGUCAGUUCCCGAAACGACACCCUGUGUAGAGAUUGCUGACACAGUAAAAAAUGAGGUCACCUCUUAAGACUCUGGGAGGGAUAAACAAGACUUUAUCAUGAGGUCAAUUCAGUGUUAUCUCCAUUUGGGGCUUCUGGAUGUUUGGAAAAGAUCUAUUUUUGAUUUUUGUUCAAACCUUUUUUUUCUGUGUAUACAGAGUUCCUCUACUAAGAUCUUAACAUGUUUUCAUAAAUGUAGAGCCAAAAAUGUAAGUCAGAAGUUUCCUGGAUAUGCGUUCCUUGCUAUAAUUUUGUUGGUAAAAGUUUAAAAUCAUAGAACAAACAAUAUUUAGGUCAAAAGAUGCUGUGAAGAAUAUACGUCUCAGUGGAACUUCUUUCAGAGCCAUACAACAAAAAAGGACUGGCAAUAAUAAGCUUAUUUUUUUCUGUGAAAUACCCCCCACACACACACACAUUUUACUGCAAAUUACUGCACUCCAUUUUUACAAUACUUUUGUUUACGUCUCUCACUUUCCACUUUGCACAGGAGGCAUUUUCGCUAUUUUUCCACACAUUAUCACAAUUCAUCAACUGCGUUGCCACUUUGCUUUAACACUUCCUCACCAUUACGUACGAUGUUACAGCUUCUGUUAUGUGUCACAGCUAAAUCUUAUGUCAGUUGCUAGGAAUUUUACACUGUGAGCACAAUGACAAAAAUAUGCAACUACUAGCAUAGCCUGUAUAUGAGGUAUGGAAAAACUGUAUCUGGAUUCUUGACUGUAAAGGUAAGACUUUCACUUUGACAUUCAGACAAAGGUGAGAUAAGUCCUUUCAGGAAACAGCCUAGUGCCAGCCUUUUGGGCAAAUCAGUCUGUCAAAUGAUAUAAAAGACUAAAGCACCUGAAUCACAUAGAAACACAGAUACACUUGGCACAAAAAGAAAGCAAAUUGUGUUUGUUAGCUUUUUUUUUGCUUUAACAAGGCUUCUUGGAUUUGAAAGCCUCUUCAUUUCUCCUUAAAUGGUGCCUCAAAAUGCAGUGGUGAGUCGAGCAGCAGAGAGUAAAUUAUGGGUUGUGGAGAUGAAAAAUAACUAAAUAAUUUUUGUUAUAACCAGACAACUUAAUUUGCAAUUGACUAGUGGUUUGUGUCCAUUUCUUGAUUAGAUAAUUUAAGAAUGAAGAAACAAGACACUGUCUAUUUACUACCCAGGGGGCUCAGCAGUGCUUAGCCUUUCAUAAAUACAUCUUGGCAGCUCCAAGAUGCCAAGAUCACCAAACUGGUGGCCAGUUUGGUCAGCAGUGUUUAACCAGUUUGGUCAAUCACUGCUGUGGGAUUACAUCCUGUUGUCAACCAGAUUUUGUAGGUCUGCUGGCAGAUUACUCUAUAAUCUCUCCCUCUUAAGAGUGGAGGCAUAGUUUCUGAUAAGUCUUGCUCUUCAGGGGUAAAUACUGACAGCUUGGAGGGCAGACAUUGGUCUAGAGAUAUGGGUUGCACUGGUUGCAGAAUGUAUCAAGAAUGUCUCCCGUGAUGCCUUGAUUUUCCAGAGACAGAGAUGGGAUCUCACACUUUCACACUGCUUUUCACCAAAAGCUCUUUUGCAUUGGCAGACAAGAUUGGUGAGUUUCCUCAACUCUGCUGCUGCUCAAACCCCAAAUGCAUUUUCCUUUCAAAUGUGUCACAAUCCGAGGGGAAAUAAACAAGCUUUAAAAGUCACUGCCAAGAAGCACUGUUGGUAGGAAGAAAAUAUCUACUAAUCACAAAUAUGAAUGGUCACUCAGUAGAUUUAUGAAUAUGCAAAUCUUUUUUACUUUAUUUAUUUUUGAUUUUAUUUAUUUCUCCAUGGCUUUUAAAAUCUCAUUUUUCAAACAAUUUCAAAGGAGAGCUCAUUUUAUCUGAUUUAAACUUUUUUUCCCCCAUGCAUUUUCCCAUUUCUUUUAUCUAAGUCUAAAUUUUAAAGUUUAGAAUUGAUAUUCUAUUGUUACAUUUCCAUGUAAAUUCAUGCUUUAUUCUAAAGUUCAGGAAGCUCAGUUUUAAUGGGUGUAGCUUUGAUUCAUAUUGUAAUGGAUGAAUGUGUGAAUUCAACAAUCAUAAAUAGCACAUUAUCCAUUUUUAUGGAGAAAAAAAAAAAGACAGCCUGUACUCUCUCGGUUCCGUUCUAAUUCUGCAUAAACUAGUUUUUUGGCAUUGUUAGCUCAAACCUUUGGUCCAUCCUGGCUGCUUUUAGUAUAUAUAGCUCUUACUGCAUACACUGCUACAUGCUAAUGCACUAAUGACUACAGGUCCUUCUUUGUGCCGAGGAAUUUCAAUUAAGCUCAAAAGCAGAACUUGAUGACUUUCAGUUCAGAAAAAAAUCCCAAACUCCAACUUGCAACACCAUGGAUCAACUGUGUGCAGCUGCAUGGCUUCAACGUUAUCCCUGCUGUUGGCUGCUGCAAAAAAAGUUAUCUGUUUUUAGCUCCGUUUGUUUUGCAGUAAUUGUCAAACCAUUUAUAACCUCUAUUGGUCUACAAGUUGCCAGAGUCAUUAAUCCAGCAGAAUCUAUUAGCUUGUUGUGCUAAUUAUGAUUAGCCUGGUAGAUGUCACCAAGCUCAACAACGCCUUCCAGCAUUGGAGAGUUAACAAAUUCUGGGAAUUCCAUCACACCCAAUUUAACCCAAAGGUUAAACAUUGAGGUUGCAAUGUUUUCAUUGCAACCUCAAAAAUGCCUGAAAAAUUAAAUAAAUGUUUUCAGCAGAUCUAUUUACCUGUUUUUUUGUUUGUUUUGUCUUUUUUAAUCAGAGAUCCAAAUGAGAAAGGUACAUUAGGAAGACGAAUGAUGCAAAUGUGGCCAGCAGUUUUGAUUCUCUGGUUGGUAGUUUGGGACCACAGAUUGAUCAGUUUUGUUCUUACGCCUUCUUCUUACGCUUAAAACUACUAAUGAAUGUUUUCAAAUCCCAUUCCUUUCAUUCCAGCGUUGUUGCAUUUAAUUGUGUGACUGACUGAAAAGGCAGCUUUUCAUGACAAAACCUCGUGUACCUGUUUACAUUUAUGCCUGUUAAACUGUGACAUAUUGGAAAUGUAUUGUUAAUGUUGAUGUUUUUGUUGUUCCUAUCGUGUACAUAACUCUGAACAGUGAAAUGUUUGUACAUAUAUAUGUAGCGGUAGUUGUUUUAAAAGACGUGAGCUGUGAAUAUUUUUUUCUAAUUGUCUGAUUCUGAUUCCCCCCCCCCCCCCAUAAUCUCUGCCACACAGUUAAUAAAGUGUUUGCUUAGAUUUUUGCAGCUUGCUACUUUAUUGUGAAAAUUUGGUAAUUAACACAAUCAAAUUAAAGCAUUUUAUUUAUGAGUGAACUGUUGAUUAUGGAAGGAAAAAUCUAAACAACCCAUUCUUGCAGGGUUUGUUAAAUAGCGGUUAGAAUGAGAUACCAUAACUUUGAAGAAUAUGACUUUGUUUUCUUCAAAGUAACAGGCCUUAGGGCUUUUAUUACAAAUGAUUUAUCUUCUGUCCAGAAACCAUAGUUUUAGAUUAGAUAUAGAAAAUCUUUUAUAAUAUUUUUUGAAAAGCAGGUUUUAGCCUUACGGGACUUCACUAGUGUCAGAAAUCGGUUUCUUAAACACUACAUUUGGUGGACAAUUAUUUUUCAAUGUUUACUGUCAUUUCUCAUCAAGGUUAGAAUCUAAGCUGGUGUCUUUCUUUCUUUCUUUUUGUUGUUCUCUUUUCUUUCAUGUGUUCAU